UAUUCAGGUGCGCCUUUGCUUCGGCAGGAUCCUAUUCGCACCCUUAACCCUUAACUAAUGUAAACUUCAGAGGUUUCUUAAACAGAUGUUGACAAAACGUGUGACCUCGCUUCUGAAUCCCUCACAGGAACAGCCACAAUAUACAAGGUCGACCACGUUUAUUGACGGACUUAAUCAGGCCAGCGAUGCCUUUUUGAAGAGGUUCAGAGUUACGAAGCCGGGUUUGAAACGAGCUCAUUGGGCAGAUGAUCCUCUUUCCUUGAAACAAAGAGUGGUAUUGUAGUCAAUUUCUGUAGUAUAAGGGUUGUGCUUAUGUUGUCCUAGGAAGAUAUUAUGUCAGACGCAGAGCUUUUCUUAUCGAAGGAGGAUUUUCUAAAACAGGCUAAGACACUUCAAGGCUCUCGUGAUUUUGGUGCACAGCUGUUCUGUGCCCUACUGCGCUCCGUAGCUGUGGAAGCCAGGCUCGUCUGUUCAUUACAGCCAUUGUCAUUUACUGGAACAACCAAACAAAUGACUCCUAUCAAGCCGGGACGGCAGAUUAUCGUGAUCUCGUCUGAUGAUCAUGAUACCUCUACCGAUGAUUUGACGAAACGGGUGGCAUCGCCAGCACCGUCAAGGACCAGACGACUUGGUCGACCACAAUUUAAACCCUCGACUCAACCGAAGAGCUUCGUUGCCAACUCACGCCCUAGUAUCCGAGAAUCAUCGUACCCGGUAUUCUGGGUCGAGGCUUUCAACGAAGCGAUGCAGAAGUGGGUUCCUGUUGACCCAUUGGUGACGAAGUCGCUUGCAAAAUCUUUCAAAUUUGAGCCGCCAUCAAGUGAUCCGUAUAACUGUAUGAGUUACGUUAUUGCCUUUGAGGAAGACGCUUCGGCGAGAGAUGUCACGCGCCGCUACUCAAAGGCAUUUAAUGCCAAAACACGCAAACUACGCGUAGAGUCUACCAAGAAUGGGGAAAGAUGGUGGGGCCGGGUCAUGCGAUUUUAUGAGAAACCUUUCCUCGAGGACCGUGAUGAAGUGGAAAUUAGCGAGCUUACAGCCAAAAUUGCUGCAGAGCCUAUGCCUCGGAAUAUACAAGAUUUCAAAGAUCACCCGAUCUAUGCGCUCGAGCGUCACCUUCGCCGUCAUGAAACCAUUUUUCCGAAACGUGUCGUUGGACAGGUUAGUGUUAACAAAUCAGGGUCAAAAAACCAGGUCUUGGAACCUGUUUACCGGCGCUCCGAUGUCCAUGCUUUGCGAAGUGCGAACAGGUGGUUUCGGUUGGGGCGGGACAUAAAGAUUGGUGAGCAGCCGUUGAAGCGUGUUCAAUCUCAUAGGAAUCAAGCCAUGGCUCUCGAAGAAGAUGGGAGGGACUCUGAACAGUACACCGAAACAGCUUUAUACGCUUAUCAUCAAACCGAACUAUAUAGACCGCCAUCGGUCAUUCAAGGGAAGGUUCCAAAAAAUGCCUUCGGGAACCUGGAUGUCUACGUGCCGAGCAUGGUUCCCCCGGGAGGAGUCCAUAUCAAGCAUUCUGAUGCUAGGCAUGCCGCUAAACUCUUGGGUAUUGACUACGCAGAUGCCGUAACAGGCUUUGAUUUCAAAGGGCGCCAUGGAACAGCCGUGAUUCAGGGUGUUGUCAUUGCUAAUGAGUAUGCGGAGGCAUUAAAAGAAGUCCUAGGUUGCCUUGAAGACCAGAGGUUACAGGCUGAGCUCGAGCAAAAAUCGGCCGAAGCGCUUCGGCUUUGGAAACACUUCUUGCUUCGGCUUCGCAUCGCAGAAAGAGUUCAAAGCUACGCAGUUGAAGGCGAAGAGGCUGAUGACGAGGAUAGCAUUGCAUUAAGUAAUAAUGACCAUGACAAUACAGAAGAGGCCGGUGGUGGGUUUAUCCCUGAACCAAACAAGGAUACUAUUGGUUCACAGAACGUCGCUCAAGAACGCCACUUUGAAAGCCUCACUACGCCCAAAGAAGAUGAUUCUCUCGGUGGAGGAUUCAUCCUUGAUGAGGAUGAGGCCCGUCAGAAGACUGAUGAAGAGUCAGUCCUUGAAGUGGCAAAUGGCCCCUCAUACACGAGUAGAGAAGAGCCGUCUCACUACUCGCUUGUUGUCGUGUCCGGUGAUACGAACACUGCGAAAAGUACAACACCUUACCAAGGCGCCACAAUAUCGCCCGAGGCUUCAGUGCCCGCCUCAACAGACAAAGAAGUCGCUAGGGAUGAAGACUGUAGAAUCCCCAAAGGGGUUUCGUCAAACACCCCUAUCUUGGUUGAGUCGUCAACAGCAGCGAACACGCCCUCUACGAGUGUUGAGGUCAUUUCUCAACCCCUUUCAGCAACACAGUCACGUAUCGAAUCUCCCGUGACUUCAGACAGAGGGUCGAACAGUAAUGAUGAGGGGUCCCUGUUGUCGCAUGAUCCAGAAGAUGAAGAUGCGAUUCCAGAGUGGCUCAUGUCUGAUUAACGAGUCCGGGUUUCUCGAUAUGUGUACAGACUAGUAUUAGAUUAUAUUGUCAUCAAGUAAACUCAAAUACACCUGAAUGAUACGUGAUACUACCCAUUACGGUGCGCAGGUGGUUGUUAGCAUCGUACAACUACAAUAUGAGUUAAAGUUGCCUUAAGGAUCAGGCCAUCAACACUCCCAUCCGAGUUUAAUGGUUUUUCGUGCACAGACC